AGGCGGCGGUAAUGCACCGUUAACAGCAAAGUCGCGUCUCUUCACGUCACAGCCUCUCAUUUUACGGUUGUGUUUUGGUCAGCCGUAAAGCGAAACGCGUGGAGUCGGUGGAAGGUUAAAGUGAAUCCUACCAAACACGCAAUCAUGCCGUUUUUGGACCUGCAGACGCGGCUUGGCAUCAACAUGGACAAAUGGCUGCUGUAUCAGAGCGGGCCGCAGCCCUACAAGAGGGCGGCGCGCUGCCACGCCUUUGAGAAGGAGUGGAUUGAAUGUUCCCACAGCAUCGGGCAGACCCGUGCCAAGAAAGAGUGCCAGCUGGAGUUUGAGGACUUCUACGAGUGUUUGCACAAGGAGAAGACACACCAGAGGCUGUAUGCGAUCCGUCAGCAGCGUGAUAAGAUGGUGAAGGAGGGGACCUACACACCGCCCCCCUGCCACUCCGGCAAGGCCAAUGAGUCACCAUAAGAGAAACCGCAACUGUCCGCAGUUCUGUUCUUGUUUAUAGUAAAUCAGAUAUCAAUAUUUCCUGUUCACCUGUAAAAGUUUGCAAAUAAAUGUUAACAUCAAAUAUC